UGUUUAUUAUCUCAAAAACAAUGCUGUUAACAUCUUUAUUAAUUUGCUUGUUCAGUGACUCAAGUUUCUCAAGCGGCAAAGGGAUAUUAUUGGUUGCUGCUGAUAAACAUAUUCAUCUUCCAAAGAUCACGUCUGCUGUAACAAACAUAAUUUAUCAGUUAAAAACAGGGAAGCAUAUACCAACAUGUUUAAAGGUAGCAAAGGUAGCAAAAUCUUGCCAAGAUAUCUACACAGAAAAUAAUCUGAGUCCAAGCGGAGAAUAUGUUAUCUAUCCUUUACGAAAUGCUGUAAGAGUGUACUGCUCGUUUGAGGGUGACUAUGGUUACACAUUCAUUUCGAGAAAAUCCUCUGGGGUGGCUUUUGAUAUUGAAAAACUUUAUUCCACAAAUACAUUCGCAAAAGUACGCCUUAUUACGUCUAAAGGAGAACAGAGGGAAGUAAAAGUUGAAAAUUUGCUAGCCUUCAAAGGUCAGUCUUUGACGUUUCAAUUAAAUGGUCAUCAACACUAUCAGGGACCACAGUUGAGAAAUUCAAAACUACAUCCAUAUCUUUUUCUCGGUUUUCUUCCUAUAAAGUUAGUUCAAAAACGUAGCAGACAAGGAUAUAGGGCUGCAGGAAAGGACUUUACAUUCAAAAACUGUGAUGCCAACCCCAACAGUUACAUAUCAUUUUUCUUCGAUCCGAAACAUGGCACAUUAGGGAGGCCAGGUAGUAAGGACACUUUUAUGCAUGGAUGGAUCUCUUCGUCGACAGUAAUGGACUAUCCUAAGUAUAUGGACGACAGUUUUUACAUGGACUGGGAGAUGCAUAUGGGCGGCUGUGGAGGGUUCAUGACAUCAAAAAUACUUAACAUUAAAGCAGCUUUGGGAUUACCGUUUGCUAUUCCAUCCGAGUAAGUACUAUAGAUGUAAUGCUGUUGGAUAUGAAUUGACUGAAGGAGUGGACUGGAACAAAUUUGAAGGA